UUUAACAGCACUGUUUAGUGCUUAUCAUAGCAACCAGAUACAGAUGACAAGUUGGGACUUGCCUGCUGCUCAGAGAGGCCAAUGAUCUGAACUUCCUCAGUCUGCAGAGUGGUGGGUUGACUGCUUUGUACCAUGGUGCACCUCACCACUGCAACCAGCUGGCUGUAAGACACACACAGGGGGUACUCCAAGAGCAGAAGAGCUUUCAUCUGGUUCCUGAACUUAACAAAAAGCACUCACAAGAGUGACCAGCACCGGUGCCCAUUCCUGUUUUGACUCUCAUCUGAUGUGAGUGUGGAUGUCACCAUGGCAACUGAGCCUCAGGGUAACCUGGGAAAGCUGAGGUUUGGCCCCAGUGACUGUCUGAUCGCUAUGUUCAGGGCCUGCUCCAGAGAUCCGACCGAGUCGAUUCUAGCCAGACUGAGAUGUAUGCUGCACACAUUUCUACAAUACCACAGGGACAAUGCAAGCAAUGAGAUCACUGAGUUGGCAACAAAGUGCUGCUAUGAAGCUGGGAUCUGGUAUUACAGGAUCCUGGAGAACCAUGCCAGUGGAGAGAGGAACAGACUGGGCGCCAUUGACAUCUCAAUCAUCUUUGAGAAUGAUCUUUUCCAGCGCUGUCUGAUUGCCUGUUGUCUGGAGAUUACCAUAUUCUCAAACCGUCUCCCAUGUGACUUCCCUCUGGUACUUCAGAUCUUCAGGCUGGCACCAUACCACUUCUGGAGGGUAAUUGAGCUGGUGUUGCGGGCUGUAGAGGGCCUGUCUCGCACUGUGUUCAGACACCUCGCCCAAGUGGAAGAGAAAGUCCUAGAGAGUUUGGCUUGGACCAGCGACUCACCGCUGUGGGAAGAAAUCCGAGCCAACGAGGGCCAUCUGCCUAUGUGCCAACAGGUGAUGCCUCCUACACAACUUGAAGAUCCGAACAGAACAGACGUGCCUGGAGUGGAUGUCAGUUUGGGAGCUGAGGUGUCCAGGAGCACUGAUCCACAGCAGCCACCAUCCACAGCAAACAGGCCUCAGAAAAGUAACUCCCUCCAUCUGUUUGCUCGCAAGGUUUACAGCUUAAUGGGCAGACGUCUGAGGGAGCUGUGUUCCACUCUGGGCAUUUCUGAUGAGCUGAGGUUUAAGAUCUGGACCUGUUUUGAGUACUCUCUGGUCCACUGCUGCACUGACCUCAUGGUAGACCGUCACCUGGACCAGCCGCUCAUGUGUGCCAUCUACAUCAUGGCUAGGAUUACCAAUGUGGAGAUGCCUUUCAAACGCAUAAUGACGUGCUACAAGUCUCAGCCACUUGCCAGCAAAAGUGUCUGCAAAAAUGUGCUGAUUUCUGUAGGGGAAGGAGACGGGUCUGUGACUGGAGACAACAAUAAUGGAGACCACAGUGAUGGUAUCCUGACCCCCAGCACACCAUCAACACAUUAUCCAGGACCUUGGCAGGAGAAGAGGGGCAAUCUCAUUCACUUUUACAACCAGGUCUACACAACAAAGAUGCAGCACUUUGCAGAGCAGUUUGCCCCCACCCCUCAAGGAGACACUCCUCCUUUGUCUCCAUACCCCCGACAGUGGAAAUCUUCUCCGCGGAGAUUCAGGCUGUCCAGCUCCCCUUCCAUUUACAUUUCUCCAUACAACGCAGAAACCACUUCCCCUCACACGAGUGGUCUCUGCUACUUCUUCAACUCGAGCCCUCCAGAGCGUCUGCGUGAGAUCAAUAACAUGAUCAAGACGGGCAGAUCACCCAACAGGCGGUGCUGUGCAAUGUCACUGGAUGAAGAAGAGGAGGAUGGAGAAGAUGGUCCUUCAGCAAAGAAACUUCAUUUGGAUGAUGAGUCAGCCUUGCAGAGGCGACUAAGGAAUGUGGUGAAUGAUCGUGCAACAGGAAGGGGCCACGACCAGCCAUCUCCAACUAUAAAGCUUAACCUGCACUAGAGCAAAGAGGACGCAUGUCGCCUCGCUCUACACCUGCUUCUGAGACUUUGACAACAAUGUCAGGUUGUUAGAGGACAAAGCACAGAACAGCUUUUACUUCCUUUACAGGUAUGGCAUAAAAAUUCCAUUGGGCCAAAUCCUUUGACUGACUCAGUAUUAUCUGCAAUCUAAGCUAAAAUUAUGCAUUUUUGCUCUUUUGUUCUGCACUGUUUCUGACAUCUGCUAUCCUUGAAUGAGGCACUCGACCCUCAGCUCAGUGGCCAUUGGUAGAAGAUUUGUCUCCGUCCUUGGCAGUUCCCUGGUGGAAGUGUAUGAUGCUGUAUGAAUUUGAAGUAGGACAUGUCUUGAAAGUGCUCAGCUGACUUUCCUUGGAUGAAUAAAGAUUAGACUGAGUAAGGAUGUUGCUAUAUCAACUGACCUGCUGUUAAAACAGGAGGACAGGCUUGUCUUCCCCUUACAGUACUCAUGGGGACAAGCACAUGUCAAGCUUCACUAGUGUCUAUGGCCUUCAUGAAUACUUGAUUGUAGUUGACUAGACUCUGAUUAAGCAAGGGGUGACAUGAAGUGUUCAUUGCAAGCCACUCUAAAGCAGUUUUUAAUGUUUUCUUUUCUUUUUUACAAUGUAAUGAUACGUUCUAAGCUUCUUAAAAGCUUUAAAUAAAUAAUGAUAAUAAUAAAUAAAGCUGAAUUUUUUGAAAACAGUGAAA